AUGUCAUCGCCAUUGCCAACUCCCUCGUCCAAGUCCAAUCGCGCUAGAUCUCCUGAAAUAACCUGGCUUGGGAGCACGUCUGGAACUCAGUUUACACCACAAGAGUUUCUUUGUUACCGGUCAUUCCUUGAAGAGGCCAAUCACGUUCUUGAAGAGCCCGAUCACAUUGUUCCGCAUUUAGCUGAUGAUGCAGGUGAGAAUCAAAAUGCAACAGCUGAGGGUAAGCAACAAAACUUCAUCGCGAGAAAACAGGAUGCUGACUGUGACGCCAAAGUAGCCAGACCGCGUAGUCCCUCAAUCAAAAUCGUGGCGUCAAACAUAGAAAGUUGGUAUGAAUCAAUGAAAUCAUGUUGA